CACAUCCCAAACCAACGCAUUCUAUUCUAUAUACACGUCGCAUGGACAUAUCGAUGGGGCUGACGAUCAAGCCGUCGACUGCCGAUAUUAUUUGUCCCAUCGAUUCACUUCAAUGUGAUUCUUUUGGAACACACUGAAGCAUCUGCGCACAAAGUCUCCUCUGCCGUUGCCUGAUCGUCAUACCCAAACGGGAUACCUUAUCAUCAAGAUGAUGCGACCCAGAGACCCUCGGGUCCGCCAGACGAUCAACCAGAUCUCUCACAACCUGGAAUCUGCGAACGAGACGGCUCAGGAAGGGCUCUAUGCAUUUUCGCACUAUUAUAUCCUACCUUGUCUUUCGUCGAUUGGAAACUGCAUCCACGCAUGUACGGCCCCCUGUCUUCCCAGUCGGGAGGACCAUCUUCGACGUCGAAGACGGGGACGUGCGGAAGCCAGCUUUGACUUUUACGAUGAUUGGGAUAAUGACGAUGCCAAUGACAGCUUGCUUGGAUGGGGCACGGACGAGCUUGACAGGCUGCUGGCGGGGAGCGGGUUGACGCGCGGGGGCGCCGAACAGCCACGCAGACAGCGUAAAAUGAGUUACGGUACUCGAGGCCCGAGACGGAAGAGCAGUGUUUUGGUACCAGAUAAUCGAAAGGAUCCGACUGUUAUUCCAAGCUCGUCCUUUCUGGGGUUCUUGGAGCGCUUUCCUUGGAGACUGGGGGCGCGAGGGCUGAAAUAUCGACCAUCUGCUGCGGAUCUCCAGGAACAUCCACAUCCUACGGGGCUGCGCCGGCAUGUGCCCGAGGAUGAACCCCUCAUGGAGUCCGCUGAAGAAACGGAGGAGCAGGACUCCUCCAGCAAGAAUGGGCGAUACCGCAGUGCCACGCAAACGUCGCGUGAGACCGCCACCUCCUUGAGCUCGAGAGGGGAUUUGAUUCCUAGCGACGAGGAGGAAGAUGCAGUUCCUCUAGACGACGAAUUUGCACUGGCGUGGGUCAGUCGCCGAGGGACAGGAUUGGACUCGGAUGAUCAAUUGAGCGACAAAGUUGCAGGAAUGAAACGGUCCAUGUCGGGAACCUUUAGUUUCAGGACUUCAGCUUCGAGGGAGUCCAAAAAGAAAAAGAGUCGGUUACGACAAUCCCAGAGUCCUAACAAAGAGCAUACUCGUGAUUACGGCACAGCGUCCUUGGUGGAUCUGAGAAAAGAAGAGGAGCAAGCAGAGCUAGAGGAAGAAACAAACGUAGCUCGGAGACGGGCUGCUGCACGAAGAUUGGCUGCAGGUCGUGGCCUCGAUCAAAGCAAAGACAAGCCUACGCCGUCAUCUUAUCCACAAUCUGCACCUGGUGUCUCAGAUAAUCCUUCUACAGCCCCGGAUCACACCCACGUAGAGUCAAAUGAAGCCCGUACCCUUUCACCUACCCGUGGAGGGGUCUCGCGCCGCGCAACCUUUCCCCCACUACCCUUCUCUCUAUCAGUGACUGGCGCGUCCGAAGACCUUUCAACGUCCCCGAGAACACCUACUCAAGUCCCCAGCAGCGCCUCGGGAGCUGCUGGUCAGCUAAACUCGUCCCACAACCAUGGAGAUAACGCUUCUCACGGGCAAAGUGGAGAAGAUUAAUCCGCUUGCUGCAGGAACUGUCUGACCCGCUUCGGCUGGAAGUUAAGAAAUGCCAGGAAUACUGGCAGCAGUGAUUCAGAAAAGAAAGCGGCUGGAAACGCUUAUAUUCAAAUGGGCCAAUUCCAUGGCAUUGAGCCUGAAUUGUACAUUAUGAUAUGAUUUAACGAUCAGUUACUCUAUACCCAGUUCUUAAGAAGCAAAACAAACCAGCU